AUGGAAAUAAUUGAAGAGAUGAAUGACAUAAAUAAAUUUGUUGUUUUGGAUUCAUUGUCAUCAGAUGUACCGGGUUCCUCUGAAGAUAAAAAACCAAUCAGGAAAUUGUACAUUUCUAAUUUCAAGGGAAAAAUUAACAGGAAAGUCCUACAAGACACGUUUUCCGUGUAUGGACAAGUAAUCGAAUGCCGUGGUCCAUUUGUCAAUGUCAAUAGAUAUCAAUUUGCUUUUAUUACUUUUCUUAAUCCAGAACACGCUUUAAAAGCUAUCGAUGCUGGACGUAAAAAAAAAGUUUUAUUCAAUGGUAAACCAUUGCGCAUAGUGCCUUCAUUUCCCCAAACACAACCUAGUGAAAAUGAUGUUGAAAAAAUGUUAUCGAAAAAACCCAAAACAAGUGAAAAAGUACAGAAGAAAAUUCCGAAACAGAAGAGGAAUCAAGUAGAUCAAAUAGUAGAGGGCAUCGACUAUAUAAAUCAGAUUGAUGAUGAUUGUUUGAUAAAUAUUUUUCUAUAUCUACCAAUUACUGAUCGUAUGAGAAUCGAACGAGUUUGCAAACGCUGGCAAGCCGUUAGUAUGCGUUCUUGGCAUGAUAUUAGAACGUUAGACUUGACAGGACAAUUAAUACAUUUGCCCAAAAAGAUUAAAAAGAUUAAAAACCGAGCUUUUGAGAAAAUCAUUGAAAGAUGUGGCCGUUUUUUGACAACAUUAAAUUUCUCUACAGUUAAUUUAGGAUGUAAUUCUGAAGUAUUACCAAUAAUUGGAGAACAUUGUAGAAAUAUCACCCGACUAACUCUACAAUUACGCAAAUACCCCAUUAAAGACCUAUCCAAAUUAUUGGCACAAGUUGAAAAACUUCGGUAUCUAGAAAUAAAAGAUAUUAAAAAACAUUUUAAAAGUGAAGUUUUGGUAUUUUUGCCUCAUGAUUCGAUUGAGGAAAUACAUUUAUCGACGCAACAGUCUUACAAUUCCUUUGAUCCUAGUUUGAGAUCCUUGGGAAACCCCAAAACUGCAGUAUUCCGUAAAUUACAAAAUUUGCGUUCAUUGACGCUGAAUGGAUUUUUCCUUAAACAUGAUAACUUGAAACUUGUCUCUGAAAAACCUCAUUUAACUCACUUGUCACUAGCAAAUUGCAGCAUAAAAAAAAUAAAUAAACUGACGACCUCAAGCAGUUUACAACAUUUGAAUCUUACUAAAGUUUUAGAAGUAUCCAAUUCUUUACUCACUUCCCUUGCAUCAAAGUGUAAAGAGUUAAAGUAUUUGAAUAUAAGUAGUUGUUCAUCAGUGUCAGUUUCCGGAAUUGCAGCAUUAGCAUCAUUGCCCAGUUUAGAAGUAUUAAUAUUAGAUGAUAUUUAUGAAGUAGCAGACUCAACACUGAGUAGAUUUGUAACUUUACACGAGUUACAUUGCCAAAACUGUGAAAAAGUUCAUGAUACAGGAAUUAUUGCACUGAUUGAAACUGCACCUAAUUUAAGAUUCUUGAAUGUAUUUAAUACAAGUGUAACAUCAGACGUCCUAGAUACUGCUGGUGCUAUUACAAAAAUACGUACCAAUAAUUUAAAGCUACAUGUUAUAGUCAGUUCACUUGUUUUGGAUGAAUGGGAGGGAGUUCCUGAACCUUCACCGCUUCUUGAAGUCGAAGCCAAAGAUGUUACCGUAUCAGACGUAUCUGAUGAAUUUUUGUCUUAUGAUGGUGAUGAAGUAGAUCCUGAUGAUUUCUGGGAUCUUGGUGUCGAUGAUUUUGAUGAUUACGAUGAUUUAUAUGGUAUGGAUGAAUUUGACUACAACGGGGGCAAUCCAUUCUUUAUAUUUUGA